UCUUCGUCUAUAUAUAUUGAAAACAAAAUCCAGUUUUCUUCUUUCUUAAAAGUUAAAAACAAAAACAGAACUAACCACCAUGUACAAAGAGGAUUAUGUAUUGAACUCACGAGGGAUACAACUUUUCACGUGUUCAUGGAAACCAGAGGAGCAGCAAGAACCAAAGGCUUUAAUCUUUCUCUGUCAUGGCUACGCCAUGGAAUCAAGCAUCACCAUGAACAGCACUGCAAUGAGGUUGGCCAAGGCAGGAUUCGCCGUCUACGGUAUGGACUAUGAAGGGCAUGGUAAAUCCGGGGGAUUAAAUGGUUACGUCAGAAAGUUUGAUGAUCUUGUUCUUGACGUCUCUUCUCAUUACUCUUCAAUUUGCGAGAGGGAAGAGAGUAAGGGGAAGAUGAGGUUUCUAAUGGGAGAAUCAAUGGGAGGAGCAGUCGUGUUACUGCUAGCGAGAAAGAAGCCUGGUUUUUGGGACGGUGCUGUUUUGGUCGCCCCCAUGUGUAAGUUGGCAGAAGACAUAAAGCCACAUCCUAUGGUGAUCUCAUUUCUCACAAAGCUAACUCGGUUUAUUCCAACUUGGAAGAUAGUUCCUAACAACGAUAUUAUUGAUGUGGCUUUUAAAGAAUCCCACAUUCGAAAACAGGUAAGGGAAAACGAGUAUUGCUACAAGGGCCGACCUCGCUUGAAAACCGCUCACCAACUCUUAAUGGUUAGCUUGGAUCUUGAAAAGAAUCUUCAUCAGGUAUCAAUGCCGUUUAUUGUCCUUCACGGUGAAGAUGAUAAAGUUACGGACAAAAAUGUAAGCAAGCUACUAUACGAGGUGGCUUCGAGUUCGGACAAGACUUUCAAGUUAUACCCGAACAUGUGGCAUGGGCUUUUAUACGGGGAACCUCCUGAGAAUUUGGAGAUUGUGUUUGCUGAUAUCAUAAGCUGGUUAAACGAGAGAGCUUCUGUCCCAAACCAAAGGUCGGAGGCUGAGUUAAAGCAUAUGAAUGAUGGCUUUUCUAUGCAUAAAUAAUAAAGUGUUGUACAACGUUGAGUUAGUAUGAGAAUGUUGUUACUUAUGUACACUAACUAGUGCAAACCAUGAUAGACUUUUUAAAACCGUUCUCUGUUAUAAAAUCAUUCAAAUUAAUGAAAUAAAAGUCUUCAAUUUGAAAACCA